AUGGCCAAAGUCCGCAAGGUCGGCCGUGAGGUGCCAGUCACCGCUUCGGUGGAGCGCUUCGAAGUCGUCGAUGCUGGAAGUGGGCAGGAUGUCCUCAGCAAGGGCUUGGACGCUGUCAAAGCAAGAGUUUCCUUGGUGAAAACCGGCCAACAUGUUGACUACAUCGUACGCGUGUUCUUUGAUGGUCAGUCUUGGACAGUAACCAGGCGGUACAAUGAAUUCGCAGCUUUAGCAGAUAUUCUCAAGAAGAAGCUUGCAUCAGUGCCUGCCAUUCCUCAAAAGUCAAUGGUAAGACAGUUUGCACCAGAAUACCUGGAAGCAAGGAAAAACGGGCUGAACGUCUUCAUCAAAGAACUUUGCAGAAGGCGUGAUGCCGCAAAUUGCCGGGAAGUCCAAGACUUCCUUCUGCUGAGGCAGCGUGUGCCACAUUUGUCUCAAGCAGAUGCUUCGGAGCCGGUCCAGUCGGCCGAAGUACAAGAGGCUUCCUUUGGCAUCGCCCACUUCGAGUACGACCCGGUGCAGGGGCUGCUCCUGCUGGGCUCUAGCGAUUUCUCGUGGGCCUCCCGCAUGGACACCAAAAUCACGAACAUCAAGAUGCCCUGGGAGAAGAAGGCGCCGAACCUGCCCAGUGCCCAGCUCUCGCUGUGGCAGCAGUCGCCAGCUGAACUGAAGUUCCACAUGCAAGGCAUGAACCGAUUCACAGCGCUCAUCACUUGCGUGCUGAUGGCUAACUGCAGGGACAAGGCGUCGUGUCUCGCUGGCUUGAGUGAUGGCACCAUUGGCGUGCUCCCCAUGAAAAGCGAGCGUGGUGCGACUGGCGGCGCUGGCCAAGUGCUGCCGUUGGUGCGGCACACCGCCGGAGUGGUCGCCCUGGCGUUAGAUGAGACGGAGCAGUGGCUGUUCUCCGCGAGCAGCGACAAGGCCAUCAUUGUCUUUGACCUGAAGCGGCAGAUGAUUCAAUGCGAGGUGCAAGCGCCGGCGCCUCCAACGCAGAUGUUCCACUGUCAGGAGCAGCGACGACUCUUCACCUCUUUGAAGAACGGGCUUGUCGUUGUGUGGGACACGUCGGUCCUUCCCCUGCAGAAGAUUGCAACCGUGCCAGAUGGCGCCCCUUCGAGCAAUCCAGUCACUGCCAUGGACUACGACUCGAGCACUGGGACGCUCUUCACAGGGUCGAAGGAUGGCAUCUCGCUGUGGACGGUGAAGACGUCGGACAUGGGAGGCUGGGGACGAAAGCUGGGGCAGAUCACGAACAUGGAGCCCCCGAGCGCCAUCGCUUGGGCGCAGUCAUCGCGAGAGAUCAUUGCGGGUUUCGAGACUGGUGCUGUGGUCAUUUUUGACCUUGACCAGGGUGAGCCGAGCUAUGCCAUUCAGGCGCAUGCCGAUGCCGUCACGGCGGUGAAGUGGCUGGAUGCUCCCCGGCGGCUCCUGACUGCCUCCAAGGACCGGACGCUGAAGAUCUGGGACUUUCCUUCGAUGCAGAGGGCGCCGUUGGACUCUGGGUCUUGGGCGCCACAACAAGUUCAGGCUGCCAUGCAGGCGCCAGAGCGUUCGUGGGCGAGAACGUCUGGCUCCUUCUCAGGUGACCCGCUACAAGGCAGAACCUCCGGUUCAUUUCAACACGGAGGUGAAGGCUACCAGCGCGGCCCUGUUGCUUCUACCUUUUCGGGCACGCCAUCUGCUCCAGGCUUUAGCACGGCGGCUGUGUCUUCGUCGGCUUACACAGGAGCUGCAGCGGUGCCCCCACCGGUGGUUGGAGCAGCCCCGAGCGCUGUGGUGGAGGAUUCGGAUGACGACCUGGCAGGCUGGGAUAAGUGA